AUGAGAAUAUAGUUAGUAACUUUUUUUUUCAAUAUACAAACUUCUCUUAAACAACUGAUGACCUCAACGUAAUCUUCAUGUUCAAAUUUGCACAUUUACGGUAUUUGGUAAAUUCAUUGAAUAACUACAUAUGAAAGUGUUUUUUCCUGAUAAAGAUUUCUGGACCAUAUUUAAGUAAUACUAUAGUUCGAAGAUAGUUCUCAACAUAUGUGGGAUAUAUCGUUCCAAAAAUUAAUUAAGAACACAGUUUUCAGUCUUCAGGAACAAUUUAUUAACAUCUAUUCACGCAUUCAUUUCUCGAAACGUUGCUGCGUGAAUAGAGAUGUAAAUAAACUGUUUCUAAAGACUGAAAACUGUGUUCUUAAUAGUUCUCAACCCUUUCAAAGUAGGAAAAACGGCAUUCUCCUGAGGAGUGAAAAUAUUAUAUCUGAAAAAUUGUCUGAAAUGAUUCAUUUUAACUUAUAAUAAUAACUUAAUACAUUGCCAAACUGCCGCUCCUGAAAAUUACCAAGCCGUUUCAGAAAAACAUGCAGCAUUGGAACUAUAGAAUUUAAAAUUUUGGCCCACUCAGACAUUGUGAAGACCCUGUAGAUACUGCAUAAAUGAGUCUUAUUUAACGUGUAAGUUCAGUGAAGAAUUACAAAAUUUCUAGAUCAUCUCUAUCAGAAGGCCCGUUGAGGAAAAAACUCCAUCCAGACGUUCCUUAACUAUUCAAAGCCUCAUCAUUACAUAAUAACAGAAAAAUGAGGACAGUUCCCGUUUCUUAAUUAUCGCCAAAUUUUUCGUUUUCCAUUUUCAAUAUGUGCACAUUCAAUAAGCAGAAAAGUCUAUUGUUUAUCGAUGCAAUUAUAACAAAUUUCCGUUAACAGCAACUAAACAAUUUCAUUAGCACUUGUAUGGAAAUCUUUCUACAAAAAUAUUCAUGAGAUAAUUACACAUUCCAAAAAAAGUCAGACAGAGUUGAUGCGACAAAAACUAUAGUAAUGUAUCGUGCAGCUUUAGGUUUCUUGUGCUUCUGUUUUUUGUUGCAUGAAUACUCCGCUGUACCAACCACAACAACUUUUCCUGUUGCAACUACAGAUCCUUCAGCACUUAUAACUGUACCGAAAUCAAGGUACGAAAGAGGAUUAGAGGAUUACGAUGAAUCAUCGAAUAUACAAAAACGAGGGAUGAUGGAAAUUCAUUAUGACGACCACGAAGAAAGCGAAAAAGAACAAAAAGCUAUCCAAGGGGAUCCUUGGGCUGGAUACUAUGAUUUUCUCAUCAACGAAGGCUCGUUCAAAUUUUGGGCUGUUUUCCAGCUUGUUACCGCUCUUAUUCUGGUCUACGCCAGCUUUGCAGCAGUAUAUUAUGCAAAAUUCAAUGUGAUAGCACCAGAUUACUCAGACGAUUAUGAUUUGCUUGGACGAUCGUAUCAGAAGUCCUCAGCAUCUUCACUUUGGUCAGGACUAUCGGUACAGAACUUCCAGAGGAUUCUAGAUGCCAUAUCUUCGAAAAAGUACACUUGAAUUCUUCUGUUGUCAAAUAAAAAUUUCCAAUAUAUUUCCGCUAAAACUUUG